AUGACAGUUGGAGUUCCAAUGACUUCUAAUGCUGGUAUAAAAAGGAGCCACAACACCGACAGGAGGACUCUUGGGCGUUUUCUUGAAUUCUGCAUUGAAAAGUCCACUACCGUUGAAGCUUGCUGGUUCGUCAGAAAAGUUCAUCAUUGCCGGAGUAGUUCGCCACCAUUGAAGCCCACUGUGGAGUUCGUUGUUGCCAUAGAUCUGCCAGAGUCGUCGCCUGCUCUGGCGCCUGAAAGCAAUGCCGACGAUGUUACUCCAUCGCCAUAUGCAUUGUCUCCACCAUUUUCGCCAACCGCUCAUUCGCCAUCUCCAUAUUUUAGAUCGCCGUCGACGUCACCACUGGCAUUGGAAUCUUCUCCGUUGCCUUUGCUUGACUCAUUUCCAGUGCCAACGCCCUCUCCUACACCCUCUUUGUUUAAUGCUAGGAAUGUUCGGCACACGAGUACUGAGAACAUAGCUGGAGAUAAGAGAGAGUCAUCCAGUGGACUCAAAGGUGGACGGAAGGCUGAGUUAGCACUUGGAGUCAUCACCAAUGUUGCUAUGCUGGGAUUAGUCUGUUUGGUGUAUAAGAAAUGGAAAGGCAACAUCCAAUGA